AUCUGCCUUAUGCUCGUGGUCACAUGCCCAGCUUCUGUGAGUGAUUGUGUGAAAGUGAAGAAAAACACACAACACAAGAAAGAAGCUGCAAACAAGUUAUGGCGUCCACGUUGGGCACUUCUUCAAUUGCGGUCUUGUCUUCACGACGUCGUUCUUCUCCUUCCAUUCAUUCUCUCUCCCUAACCAAAGGGCAAGUAUUUGGGCGCAAAUUUUGUGGUGGAAUUGAAUUUCACGGCGUUAAAGGAAGCUCUCAGUUUUCAAUUUUGUGUGUUGCCACUGAAAUUAACUCUACUGAACAGCAUAUUCAGGCUCAGAGGAUUGCUUCUAAAGAAAGCCAAAGGCCAGUGUAUCCGUUUUCUGCCAUAGUUGGACAAGAUGAGAUGAAGCUUUGCCUCCUCCUAAAUGUGAUUGAUCCGAAAAUUGGAGGUGUAAUGAUCAUGGGAGAUAGAGGAACAGGGAAAUCUACAACCGUUAGAUCAUUGGUCGAUUUGCUUCCCAAAAUCAAGGUUGUUUCCGGUGACCCAUAUAAUUCAGAUCCAGAAGAUCCAGAAUUCAUGGGUAUUGAAGUGAGAGAGCGUGUUUUAAAAGGAGAGCAACUUGAGGUUGUCUUUUCCAAAAUUAACAUGGUGGAUUUACCAUUGGGAGCAACAGAAGAUAGAGUUUGUGGAACAAUUGAUAUUGAAAAAGCCCUAACUGAGGGUGUGAAAGCAUUUGAACCUGGCCUACUGGCUAAAGCGAAUAGAGGAAUUCUAUAUGUGGAUGAAGUUAAUCUCUUGGACGAUCACUUAGUUGAUGUCUUAUUAGAUUCUGCAGCAUCAGGUUGGAAUACAGUGGAAAGAGAAGGUAUUUCUAUUGCACAUCCUGCUCGGUUCAUCCUAAUUGGUUCGGGAAAUCCUGAAGAAGGAGAACUCAGGCCGCAGUUGCUGGAUAGGUUUGGAAUGCAUGCUCAAGUGGGGACUGUGAGGGAUGCUGAGCUAAGGGUGAAGAUUGUGGAGGAGAGAGGUCGUUUCGACAAAAAUCCAAGGGAGUUUCGAGAUUCUUACAAAGCUGAGCAGGCAAAGCUCCAGCAACAAAUUACCGCAGCAAGGAGUUUUCUUUCUUCUGUUUCAAUGGAUCGUGAACUUAAGGUAAAAAUCUCCAAGGUUUGUGCAGAGUUGAAUGUGGAUGGAUUAAGAGGAGACAUCGUAACGAAUAGAGCUGCAAAAGCUCUUGCGGCCCUCAAGGGAAGAGACAAAGUAAGUGCAGAGGAUAUCGCUAUUGUCAUUCCUAACUGCUUGAGACACCGUCUUCGAAAGGAUCCAUUGGAGUCUAUAGACUCGGGUUUACUUGUCAUGGAGAAAUUUUAUGAGGUCUUCAGUUGAUCCUGUAUAACAUUGUGGGUCUGCUCCAGUGUUUAUCCAACAUAUUGCCAUGGUAUACAUUUCACCUUUUCAUUGGGAUUUCAUUGUGUUUGAACGUGAGCAAGAUUAUGAAAUUCCAUGCCUUUUAUGCUGACACCAUGUCAGGGUUUUGCUGUAGUUUGUUCAGUAUCUGUAGCCGGUCAGUGUAAGACAGGUACUUCAAAACCAAAAUGAAGAUUCGUGGGGAAAAACACGAGCUUGAGAGGCCUUAGAAAAGUACCAGACAAUCAACAGUAAACUUGGUUCACUCUUUAAUUUUGCAAAGGCAGUUUGCAUUUUGUUAAGUGUUAAUAUUGUCUUAAAGUAUUUUGAAUGAAAUUAUUUUUACACGCAUCUAAUUGGUUGUGCC